GCAGCUGCCGGCAGAUGGCGACUCGGUCGACGCAGCGGGCAUCCAUUCUUCGUUAGGCUGGCUGCCGCCGUGUAGCGAUGCAAAAUCGUCUCGGAGAUUUUACUUCCCGAUGACAUGGGACCCCCGCCUAUAUUACCCCGAUGAUCCAGAUCACACGCUGUGGCCUCACCCGUCCUAAGCACGGUUAGGUUCAAUAUUUAUUCGGAAGAAAAAUGGCGCGCCGAAAAUCGUCGGAAAAGUGCAACCAGCAACAGAAGCCGAGCACCCUGAAGCAAAAGAACAAGGCCAACAGCGACGAUGAAAAUUUCACGUGCUUCAAAGAUCAGCUCAAGGCAAUGGGGCUGACCCUACGGGAAAUACAGGGUGAUGGGAACUGUCUGUUCCGUGCUCUCAAUGACCAACUCGAAGGCCAUACGAGGAACCACCUCAAGUACAGGUUUGAGACGGUGCAGUACAUGAAGGAGCACAGGAACGACUUCGAGCCCUUCGUCGAGGACGAGAUCCCUUUUGACCAGCAUUUACAUAAUCUGGGUCAGCCUGGCACCUACGCAGGCAAUGAUGCCAUAGUUGCCUUUGCCAAGCUUCAUGAGCUUGUUAUCGUUAUACACCAGCUAAAUACUCCUCUGUGGCAGGUGAAGGGCACGGACAAGCCUAAUGCCACGGAGCUCCACCUGUCCUACCACAAUGGCGACCACUACAACAGCGUUCGUAAAAUUGGCGACAAUACUCAGGGUCCCGCAUCAAUCCGAUUAGCUGCAUCAAAGGUCGACAAACAGCAGAAUUCAAGUACAGAAGGGGCGUCCGGUGAUGCAACAGCACCGCUGGAAGAGCAAAUAAUGCGAGAGACUGGCAUCCAAGACCUGCAGCUGAUCAAGGAAGCCCUGCAAGAGAAUGGCUUCAACAAAGUGGGAGCCAUUAGUCAACUCAUGACGCGCCGGGCUUCUCUCCCCAGUAGGGACACAGAGCCCUGUGAGGAAGUAGAGUCGAUCUGGAACACAGACGGACUGGAACCUUUGAUAGUCAAUGAGGGUGCAGCAGCAGUGUCGCCAAAGAACGGCAUUACAGAACCUGAAGAGGGCAAAACGAAAGCAGAUUCCACACCUGGCCAAAAGAAACGGCUAUCAUCUAAGGCAAAGAAAGAGAUUAAAAAGCAGGAGCGCAAGCAGCGAAACAUCCAGCGCAAGAAAGGCGACAGCAACACCCUCAAGCUUCGCAAUGAACAGGAGGCCAAGGCGACUGACGUCAUUGUGGCUGACUUCAAGUACCUCACCAUCUGAACUUUGCCGAGCAAAGGCCACUGGUGCCGCCUUCCCUCGACACAAAGACGAAAAAAAAAGUGGACUGUACAGACAUUCCAAGUUGCGUGCCUUAACGACUAUUCGUGCGUUUGGAGGCGACGACGUAGUUCCUGUCAAAAACCGAUUCGACGCCGAGGCAACGGGGAGGAAGAGGUCUCCGGCUUCAUUAACUUAUUUAGAAUGAAAGUGGGUUGUGAGUGUCCUUCGCCUUGCGGGACAAGCGUGAUAGGUGCGUGCGAGCGUUUCGCAGCCCCCUUCGCCUUUUUGACGGACUUUCGGGGCUGUGACACCUUCUGUUGUUGUUGUUUGGAAAGAGAGACUUUGCAUUUCGACGUUAGCGCCAAUCAACUCCUUCUCGUGGGCUCCCAUUUCCUACCGUCGUCUUACGACGGAGCGCUGUAGUGUGUUCUGAAACUCUCUGCUAUGUAUAAUUUAUUUAGAUUACCAAUGACCUGCUGCUCCAGUGGCGAGCGCACAUAGAUGCUGUAAAGUUAUGAUGUUGGUUAUAAAGAAGAUGACCGUA